GAGAAAGUUCUCUAGUCUUAUUUCCUCUUUGAAAGAGGAAAAUGGAGUGAGCCAUACAUGGUUCCAAACAGAGGAUAUUGUAUGGAAUUGGGGUUGAGGAUCUUGGAUAUGACUUUGCAGCCAAGUUGGAAAAUGAAAAUGGAUGUGAAUGGGAAGGUGAAUAUCAGAGAUUUCGGUAGAUGGGUUUUUUUGUCCUCUGUGAAAAUGCACAGACCUUCUCCCAGAAUGGUAUCUCUGAAUAUGCAGACCAAGAAAAAAUGACUUCAGAGAAACCUAGUAAUGCAUUUAUACUUCUCACUGGGAUUACUGAUGGUUUUCUGGGUGGUAAGGUCUUCAUUUUCUGUGGUCUUAUCACUUGGUUGCAUUUAAGCCUGUGCUUGUGCUUUUACCUCACACUUCUGUGCACGCAUGUUAUACACGUGACAUAUUUUAGAAGGAACUUGAGCUCUUGGGGAACGUUGCCAAGUAUCUAUAAAAGGAGGGAUCUGAGAGCAGCAUUUCAGAUCCUUUCCUUGUAAACUCUGGGUCCCCGUUUUAUCAUAAGCCUAAAUCUCCAUAGAGAUUGUUUGUGGAUUAAACCAAUCUUUAAUUUGGUUGGUGGAUUUAUCCCUGAGGUUUCAUCUUAGAAUAAGGGGUAGAUGAGAUGUGUGUUUCCUGCAGGAGACCAGACCUGGCAGUUAGAUCUUGAGAUGACCGUGGUGUUUGGAAAUGCAGAAUCUUGACCUUCAAGCUGUUCAGGUAUUUCGGUGACAGCUAAGCCGCUAGGGCUGUCAGCGAGACUCAGCAGGACAGAUUUGUUGGAAUUUAUUAUUCUGUUAAGUACCUCACACAUUAAUUGUUGGGCGCUGAGGUUGCAGAGAUGAAAAAACAACUCGAGGUAGAGGAGACAAACAAAUAAUAGACUCUGAUGUAAGAAGUGCAAAAAUAAAAGAGCCAAGUGCUGUGGAGCACUUGUUAGAAUUUUAUCUAAUACCUAUUUAUAGAAACCUCUAUGUUUAUUGAUUCACUUCCCAUUAUGAGUUUUAGUGUGUACUAUUCUCUCCGGGAACCUUUUGGACAAUGUGUUACGUAUGCACUUACAAGAGGCCCCAUUAGGGUCAAUUCUGACAAUUCGGGGAGUCCUUUUAAGUCAGACACAUGAGGAUCUGAGAUGUUUGUAAAGCAGUGCUAGUGGUUUCCAGUCUGUGCCAGGAAGCAGAGAUAGCACAGUGGGUAGGAGCUUGGUAACCCAUUUUUCAACCCCUGUCAGCUUAUGAGCAUCUAGCUUGAUUUUAAGAUAAUACCAAAGAGGAAGAAGAAUCUUCUUGAGGUUUUCAGACUUUGCCAUUCGCACAGCCCUGGGUUUGAGAGCUCCGGUAGUAAAUGCUGUCACUGUCUGCUUCUCCCUUGUUGAGGGCCUCACGUGGAGCUGUGUCUGAAUGGGUCCGUUGUUCACUGAGUAAUUGAUGGCCUCAGUGGCACUCCCAGGAGGGAAGUGCUUCCCCUCUCAGAGAAGAGAGCUCAAGGUGCCUGGCAUGAUGUAGCCCUUCAUUCUCCAUCCCACCUGACCCUCCCUGGGACACUAAGGCAUUCUUCUGCUUAACGCGAACUUUACUUAGGACGGAAGCUUUCAUAUUUUUAGUCACUUUCACGUCCAAAGUAGUCAAUUUACUAUCCUAAAGUAGAUUAUGCAUUCUUUGUUUCCAACUGCCACCAAUUCCCAGAAUCUAAAAUUUUUGCAUCUGUUCUCCUUUUAACCUAUUUGUUAACGUUUCAGUGUUUUGAUUCCACAAUCAGUAUUGUCCUGCAAAUUGUCUAUGAGCCAGAAUAAAUUGCUGUGUAUCUUUAGCUCCGUUGACUACACUGUAAUAACAGUAGCAAGACGUUUUUUCUUGUCUUGUCACAAGGUUUGUGGAAGACUAAAUUGGGAUGCUUUAUUUAAAAUACCUGUAAAAUAAUCCAUGUUUAGUAAGAUAAUGGGAAUCUUUGUCAAGUUCUUAAUUAGUUGCAACUGACAUGCGCUACCUCCCUAAUCUGAAUCAGCAGCAGGGUCAGACUUGAAAAGUCUGACUGCCCAUCCACGACCUAUGUCUCCUUCCAUUUUGAAGAAGCCUCCUGUUCACCUUCAGACGGUAUUAUUUCAGGAAAAUGAAACUGUGCUCAUUUGUUGAGUUUGAUACAAAAGGAUCCUGAUUUAAUUAGAGAUACAGUUUUACAUUUUAGUCUACUUUUUUAAACUGGAUUUUCCGUGCUGUCAGACUUCAUAGCCAUCCGACAGAGAGACGUUGCUUUUGCAUAGUGUGUGCAAGAUGUGACAGUGCCAUUGUGAGUCUUUUAUGCACGAAGUACUAAAUGUGACCUGUCAAAGAGUGCAUGGUUCAUAUGGAUUGAAUGGGGAAGCCAGUCCCCUUAAAUGAGUUAGAUAUGACACAAAAUAUUUUUUACUUGGAACUGUGCUUAAAAUUCAAAUCAGUGUGUGUCCCCUCUAGUCUACUUCUAUUGUAUGCAAAAGUCUGAGCAAGAGGGUCACUCAAGGACGCUCAUAAACAUCGUCGUCUUCUGUAUAAUUUUAUUUUGAGUCCCUCCCCUGCUCCUGGAGUAGUUGAUCUUCACUAGAUGCCAUAUUAGCAGAGAUGUUCAGACGUGGCAUUUCAGGGUAUUCUAGAUACAGUGCUGUUUGGCAGGGGCUCGUCUUUCCACUCAGAAGGACAAUUGGAUGGAGUCACGCGUGAAUUCAAACAUUACUAGGCAUUGCUUCCACUUACUAUCUCAGUCCAUUCUGGCUGCUAUAACAAAAUACCACAGACUGGGUAGCUUAUAAACUGCAGAAAUUUAUUUCUCGCAGUUCUGGAGGGUGUAGGUCCGAGAUCAGGUGCGGGCACAGUCCAGUGAGGGUCCUCUUCCAGGUCGCAGACUUCUCACUGUCCUCACAUGGUGCAAAGGGCUAGGGAGCUCUCUGCAGCCUCCCUUAUGAGGCACUAAUCCCAUUCGUGAGGGCUCCACUCUCAUGAUCUAAGCACCUCUAAAAGGCCCCUAAUACCGUCAUUUUGAGGGUUAGGUUUCAACAUGUGAAUUUCCCGGGGACACACACAUGUAGCCCUGCACCCACCCAGUUUUGUUAUUAUUACUGUUUUCCCUAUUGGCCCCCUGUUCUCUUUAUCCCUGCAGUAUCCUUUCUGUUCUUAUGCCAGCCUUAGAGCUGCCAUUCCUUGGUGACCCAAAUGGCCUUGUUAAAACAUCUGGAACCUUCUCAGCCCCUGCCAGCCCUUUGAAGGGCUCAUUUGUCUCAUUAUUUGCACUGUUAGCUUAGUUCUGGAUCUGCUAUGGACAAGCUGUGCAUCACUGGAGCAAAUCUAGUCUUCUCUCCUGGGCUUCCGACUCAUACCUGUGACACCCUACCUAGCAGCUCCCCUUGGAUGACCCAGUCGCUUCUCUCUACAUGGCCCAAACUGGACCAGCCCAGCCACCCCAUCCAGUCCCUUCUGUGUUCUUCUUGGGCUCCCUGCUUUAGAAGAUAGUACUGCCAUCUGUCCCCCAAUGUACAAUCGCCAAGCCCCAUCAACUCAGCUUCCUAAUAUGUCUCCCCCGUUUACUUCUCUCCAUCUCCACUGCCACCACAUCCGUUCACCUGGACCACUAUGGUCGUAUCCCAGUAAUCUCAUUACCACUCUGGCCUCUCUCCACUGUAGUCUCAGUCCAGCAUCCAAAAUGCUCUUAAAAUGCAAAUCUGAUCAUGUCAAUCCUCUGGUUAAAAUUUUUCCAUGGCUUCCUAUUGCUCUUACUAUCCAGAGUCUCCUCAACAUGGGUUACAAGGCACUGCCUGUCCGGCCCCCACUGACCGCUCUCCUCUCAGAACAUGGCCUUCUGCCCCCCGCACUGUGCUCCAGCCUCCCUGGCCUUCCAGCUCUUCCACUGUGUCAGGCUCCUUGUUCCCUGAGGACCUUCACACCUCCACCCCUCACCCGUCCCCUUCCCCUGGCUAACUCUGUCAUGCUCCAGAUCCCAGCUACACGUCACUGCCUCAGGACAGCUUGCCCUUCUCCAGUCCCCCAGACUGUUAGCCCCUCCGCUUCAUACCUGUCAUCAAAGCAGCAGUUAAUUAAUUGUGUGAUUGCUUGUUCCUGUGUCUCUAGACCGAAGCUCCGGGAAGGUAGUGUCCAUGUCUGUUCUCUUCAUUCUGUCCCUGGUCCUAGCACAAUGCCUGGUUUAUAGUAGGCACUUGAGAAAUAGUUUUAAAUAACUGAAUGUAACUUCUCUGAGCCUCAGCUUCUUCCUCUGUAAGAUGGGAUAGCAACUGAGGAGGACAUUGUGAGGCUCGGGUGAGAUAACCUGAACAGCAAUAAUGUUAGGGGCUUUUAUACAAUCAAAGCACGAUUAUAGAUGAUCUUAUUUGUGCUUAAAAGUGCUUUUUAAGUCAAAAUGUAGCAUGCAUACAUAAGGAGUUAUUUUUACUCUUUUCAGUACCUCAUCCAAAGAAGUGAAAGGUUAUUUUGAGAAACUGCACUAUGGGAGGUGGCAAUAGGUCAGGAGCCUUCAAAUGCAGACUGGGAGAGCAAGCCGGUCCAGGGCAUUCCAGAUGACAAGAGUCCUGAUGAGUCUACUUCCGGCCCAGUGAAACAUGGAGAGGAAAAUCCCGUCCAGAGAGAGCCCCAGAAGACUCUCGGCCAAGCUAGGCAAAGGCACGGAGGUGAAGAAGGUGGUUCGUCAACACGGUGUGGCUGCUGCUGAGUCAGAUAAGGACUCGGGAUUUUCAGAUGGGAGCUCAGAAUGUCUGAGCUCGGCAGAGCAGAUGGAGUCCGAGGACAUGCUGAGCGCCUUAGGCUGGAGCCGAGAAGACAGGCCAAGGCAGAGCUCCAAGACGGCAAGCAGUGCCUUCCCUGCACUGUCCCCCAUGGUCGUCAUGAAGAACGUGCUGGUCAAACAGGGCAGCGGCUCCUCCCCGCUCCAGUCCUGGACUGUCCAGCCCUCCUUUGAAGUGAUCUCGGCGCAGCCACAGCUCCUGCUCCUUCACCCACCCAUGCCGUCUCCUGUCAGCCCACGUCACGCUGGCGAGAAAAAGUCAGACUCCAGGAACUACCUGCCUAUUCUCAAUUCUUACACCAAAAUAGCCCCCCACCCAGGCAAAAGGUGCCUCAGCCCAGAAGAAAGAGGAGAGAGUGGAAUGCAGAAGAAGGUCUGUACUGAGAGACUGGGGCCGAGCCUGUCUUCCAGUGAGCCAGCCAAGCCUGGUGCUGUGCCAUCCAGUCCCCCAGCGCCCGCUCCUCCCAGCGCCAAGCUUGCCGAGGACUCAGCUCUGCAGGGGGUGCCCUCCCUGGUGGCAGGCGGAAGUCCACAGACUCUUCAGCCAGUGUCCAGCAGCCAUGUGGCUAAAGCUCCUAGUCUGACCUUUGCUUCCCCCGCCAGUCCUGUCUGUGCAUCAGACAGCACCCUGCACGGGUUAGAGAGCAGCUCCCCCCUCUCGCCACUGUCAGCUAAUUAUAGCUCACCUCUCUGGGCCGCCGAGCACCUCUGCCGCAGCCCAGAUAUCUUUUCAGAGCAGCGGCAGAGCAAACACAGGCGCUUUCAGAAUACCCUAGUAGUCCUACACAAGUCUGGUUUGCUGGAGAUCACUUUGAAAACCAAGGAAUUAAUUCGUCAGAACCAGGCAACUCAGGUGGAACUAGACCAGCUAAAGGAGCAGACCCAGCUGUUUAUAGAGGCCACCAAGAGCAGGGCUCCUCAGGCUUGGGCCAAGCUGCAGGCUUCUCUAACAUCUGGGUCUCGUCAUACUGGCAGGGACCUAGAAGCAUUCUCUGAUCACCCAGACAUAUAGCUGAGAAGGCAUAUUUUCCUGUUACUUGAGCGGUUCCUUUUAGCUCCUUUGCUAUUCUCUUACUCCUGUUUCCCAAAACUUAUGUAAGAGCUUUCCUUCUAAACUUAAACUCUUCAGCAGUUCACUUAUGAAACCACAUGCCAAUACCUGGCUGCUGUUUUAACCUGUGGUCUAUGCACACUUUACUUAUGUCUCUGUUCCACUGAGGACCUCAGAUUCGGAGUGUCCUUGAGUCUCUUUUCCUUAGCCUGCAGGCACUUGGAUGGAUUACAGGGCAGAGCAGUGGAGAUGACUGUGGGGCUCUUCCAGCUGUCACCUCCCACCGUCCCACUCACUCACUGUGAUCAGGGGCCAGUGACAUGGAUGAGUGUACCUGUCAAGGUACGACACAAGAGCGACACCUGUCAAGCCAGGGAGUAGGUGACUCGAGGAUCCUUCGUGGCUCUGCCCUGGAAUGUCUUAGUCUCAGAGGAAAAUAGGAGGUGCAUUUGCAUUCCACAACGCAUCGGGCCACUGGGGUGAAACCUGAAGUGCUUUGGGCACAGGUUCAGCUUGGGGUGCAAGCUCUUAAUCACUUAACCUUUGUUUUCUUAAACUUGAAAGUCAAGGGGAAAGAGCUGCACCAUUUAACUCUUACACUGUAGUCACAAGCCAGAUUUCUCUUCACUUAAACUGGUAGGCAAAAUACUUCAGAUUUUUACAGUAUGGAAUGGAUUCAGUACCAUCUGGAAUUAUAGUUGAUGAAUUGCUUUUUUGACUUAGAGUCUGAACAAAGUAGACAUGGCCAGCAUCUCUUGGUCAGGAGCCAGAAGAUAUUUUGGUAAUUUAUGCUUUUUUUCCCUCUCUUUUGAAACAAUGCAACCUGUUUUAUGUGUGAAAAUCUUUUUAAAGAUAGCUUCAUGGUUCCUGAGAGUGUAAUGUAAGUUAACCCUCUGCUGCCACGUUUUUUUUCCUUUUGUUUUUAUUAAAGGAAAGAAGUGAUUGUUAAGCUUGAUAAACUUGGAAUUAAAAUCAUCCUAAAGUUAUUAAAUAUAAGUCCACAAGACAUUGGAAAGUAUUCUUCUCAUCCAUUUUCUUUUCAUAUCUGAAGUUUUCGUCUGUCCCGUGUGAUGCACAGUGAUGCGGAGCGACUGUGGAGCAGAGUCUUGUGUGUUUGUUUCAUGUGUUGGAUAUUGGCAGCAGAGCCAGAGGUGUAGUGUUGGUUACGUGAAGUUCAUCUAGAAAUGGAGAAUGUGAUGAGGAUUUCCAGAUGGUACACAUUGUUUCAGCUUCAUUGUAAAGGUAAACUACUUAGAUUUCUAAGUGGUAACGUUUUAGACUUUCUGUCCUCUUAUUCUAAAAUUUCAUCUUCUUGAAGAUCUUUGUACAAAUUACCUUAAUAAGUUCUUUAUGACCAGCCUCAUCUUUUCUGCAAGGAAAAUGUUCUUGAAGUUUUACGAAAGCCAGAAACUAACGCUCAUAUUUACU